UUGUUUCCUCUCUUUGGCAUCAGCAAUGGCGGUUUCUAAUUCUAUCUCUAUCCCUCCAAAACCUCCUUUCUUCUACCCUCUCUAGACCUUUCCCCUCUCUCUCUCUCGGUGUAUGUAAUUUCCGUUUUCCCGAGAAAGCUUCAAUUUCCCCCGAUUUCAAAUGGCAAUUGUGACGGGAGAUCGUUAUAUCGAGAAGCUACAGAAGUUUCUAGAAGACGAAGCCGAGUCUCUUCUCGAAGAAACCAAGAUUCUCAAGCUUAAUCCAGCUGGUCUUCACUAUCUCCAUCUCCGUCUCGAGUCUCUCCGUGAACUCGAGCGUAUGCUCUCUGGUGGUGCUCCUGUUGAUUACCUUCGCGCUUACGUUUCUGAUCUCGGAGAUUACCGCGCUCUCGAGCAGCUCCGUCGUAUUCUUCGUAUCCUCACUUCGCUUAAGGUCGUUUCCACGCUUCCUUCUCCUGCUCGUGAUCCCACUCCUCUCUCUCUUAUUCCUUUUGGUAGGCUUAAGGUUUUGGAACUUCGUCGCUGUGAUUUGUCUACUUCUCCGGCUAAAGGCUUGCUUGAGCUCCGUCACACUUUGGAAAAGAUCAUCUGCCAUAAUUCCACUGAUGCUCUGCGGCAUGUGUUUGCCAGUAGAAUUGCCGAGAUAACGAAUUCGCCAGAGUGGAAUAAGUUGGCAGUCAUAUCUUGUGCUUGUAACCGUCUUGUGGUCAUGGAUGAGUCCUUGCAGCUUCUGCCAGCUGCUGAGUCCCUUGAUCUGAGUCGGAACAAGUUUGCAAAAGUGGAUAAUCUUCGGAGAUGCACCAAAUUGAAGCACCUUGAUCUAGGCUUCAAUCAUCUUAGAACAGUCUCUCAUUUGAGUCAGGUAUCAUGUCAUCUUGUAAAACUUGUUUUAAGGAACAAUGCUCUAACUACGUUACGUGGGAUUGAGAACUUGAAGUCACUCGAAGGCCUUGAUGUUUCCUACAAUAUUAUUUCCAACUUUUCAGAACUGGAGUUCCUCUGGAGUCUUUCAGUACUGAAAGAAUUGUGGUUGGAAGGAAAUCCAGUGUGCUGUGCUCGAUGGUACAGGGCACAUGUCUUUAGCUACAUUGCUCUUCCAGAUGAUCUGAAGCUAGAUGGCAAACAAAUAGGAACUAGAGAAUUUUGGAAGAGGCAAAUCAUUGUAUCCCAUAGGCAAAGUGAGCCUGCCAGCCACGGGUUCUAUUCUCCAGCUAGGGAGGAAGCAAAUGAAGAAGGAAGCUGUAAUAGAAAAAAGAAAAAGAUGUGUCGUCUCGCUUCUAUUGAUAGUGAGGAAGAGAGCACCUACGUGAAUUCUGACCGAGAGUUAGCUUCAUGUGAUCACGAGAACAAAGAGAAUGUGAAGUGUGAUCAAGAAGCUGAUGUAUUUGGUCUUAUAAGUAAAGCUGAAAACCUGAAGAAAGAUCGUAAUGUUUUGUGGUUGCGAGAGUUCAAGGAGUGGAUGGAUAAUUCGCGAGAGGAUUUUGUAGAUGUCAGCAAUGACAGUAGGGGUAGUAAUUUGGAAAAGAAGCACUGUACAAAGAUUAGAGAAACCUCGAGGCAUCAUGGUGGAACACCGAGAUAUGGGCCUGGGUCUUUACGCGCUCCAAGAGCUAAGAGCUAUAAGAAAAGUUUAGAAUGCAAUGGUUCAUGUGUAGAUCAUAAAACUGAUAUGGAUGAUAUGAAGUACGUUGAAGGUAAUGAGACACAAAAGAUAACCAAUGACAUCUCUUCACUAAGCCUUCAAAGUACAGGUCUACAUCAGAAGAAUCAGGAUUGUUUACACGAUAAGUUGGAAACUUUGUCAGUUGAACCAAACAAUCUGUUUCCUGCAACAUUUGCUAGGGAGAAAGCAGCAGAAAAUGGAAACAUGUCAACAUUGGAUAUAACACAGGAUAUUACGGGAUCUACAUAUCCUGGGUCACCCCCUCAUUAUCAGAAAGAUGUCUUAUAUCGACGUCAUAACUUGGUGGAAGAAAUCUUGCAGUUGUCUGCAGAUUCCUUUUCAGUGGCAUCAUCUGACAGCACAAGCAGCUGCAGUGAAGAUGAUAAGUAUGACUCUGAGUCUGAGUAUUCAAAUCAUGAAGAUAGGCGGUUGACAGAUGUUUUUAAUGUGAAUAGACUUAGGGACCCAAUUCCUGGAUGUGAUAUGAACGGAACAAGAUCUUAUGAUUCUCAAGUGAAGAAUGGUAGCAUAAUAAAAACUUUGAGGACAGAUGAAUCGAUGAAGGAGAAUUCUACUAGUGCGUCUAAAUUGCAUAGUUGUGACCUUGAUUCUGGUGUUAAUCAGAUUUACCAUUUGGUUGAAAAAAGGAAAAGGAAACCUAUAAAAAGAUUUGUUUCUCUGCAGAAAGAGGAAAGUUGCAUUCUUAAUGGAGAGACUUCUCUCAGGAGUGAUGUAGAUAUCUGUGAUUCCGGUGAAGAAGAGUGUAUUUCUGAUUAUAUGCGGGAAAGCUUGUCAGAAGUGUGUAGUAGUAGUAAUAGCAAUAUAAGAUUUUGGGGGACUGAAAGAACACUUGAAGGAAAUGGCGAUUUAGUAGAGGAAUAUUUUUCAGCCAAACUGACUGAUUCCAGUUCCCAAGAAGCAUGUAAGAUGUACAUGAGUUGUGAUCUUGUACUAAAGAAAGGUUCCACAUACAAGCAACGGGAAGCAGUGUUGCUGCUUAGUAACCAAGACAAGCUGUACGUGCUACUCGUGGGUGUGGCUACUGAUCACGAAGGGUUUACCUUAAGUGUACUGUGUUGCCACAAAAUCAAGGAUUUGCAAGACGUAUCAGUUGGUCUAGGACUUCAGUUUGUGAUGCUACGCUUUUGGGAGGGUACAGAAUACAUUUUCGUGACGAAGUGCAUUGAGAAAACAACAGAACUACUCAAUAUCAUACAAGUUUUCGAGUCCCAUGCAACAGAGUUUAAAUGUUCGUUGCAAAGCCUGGAGAAUAUUCAGGUAAACUUGUUUGAGAAAGAAAUAUGUGGAGGUUUGAAGCUGAGUAUAUACCAGUACAAUAUUAUCCACUUUCAGAGCAGCACUCUUGGAGAAGUGCCGUGGCUUUGGCGGUCACUGUUUGUGGCUGGUAGACGUCUCUUUAUAUGCAAUGAGAACCUCGCAGAACUUAGUUCUCGAACUGCGUAUUCUUCUUCUGCUUCAUAUUUCUUCCUUGACUCGUGCUGCUUCAUUUCUGAUAUAUCUGAGAUGAUUGUUGAAUCGCAAGGAACUGUUGUGUCAUUGAAGAUCAAAGUGAACAAAACAGUGGAUCUGGUUACAUGGCGGCUGAAGUGGUGCAGCAUAGAGAAUGCACUGAAGUUUGUUGCUUUGCUCAAAGCUCUUCACCGUAAUUCACCACAAUGGCCGUUAGCUGUAAGAUACAGGAGAUAAGUCUCUGUUUGCAUUUUCUUUACUUAUUUUACCAACCAGUUUCUCUAUCUAGUUAUGUAUAUACAGCACACAUGUACAUUGUUCAUAUUCAUUCAUUUAAUUCAAUUUUUUUUUGGGUUAAAA